UGUCUGGAGGGUUAAUUUGAUUUUCUCCUUGCAGCCAUGACGAUGCAGUUCAUCAGCCAUCGCUUCCUUGAUUAUCAUGAUCCAACAAUCGAGGAUGCCUACAAGACAAGAGUUCGAAUCGACGACGAGUCAGCACAUCUGGACAUUCUGGACACAGCAGGGCAGGCAGAGUUUACGGCCAUGAGGGACCAGUACAUGCGUGGGGGCGAGGGCUUCAUCAUCUGCUACUCCAUCACAGACCGCCGCAGCUUCCAGGAGGCCAUCGAGUUCAAGCAGCUGAUCUACCGGGUGCGGCACACCUAUGACAUCCCGGUGGUGCUGGUGGGGAACAAGUCAGACCUGUGCAACCUUCGACAGGUGUCGAAGGAGGAGGGCAUGGUCCUGGCCCGAGAGUUCAACUGCCCAUUCUUCGAGACCUCGGCGGCCCUGCGCUAUUUCAUCGAUGACGUAUUCCACGCCAUGGUGCGGGAAAUCCGGAGGAAGGAGAAGGAGGCUGUCCUGGCACAGGAGAGGCGUGGGAAGAGCAAGGACAGUGUCUGGAAAAGAUUAAAGGGGCCCUUCAGAAAGAAAAGGGACUCAAUAACGUGAGGGGUUGGGUGGGGAGGGGGCAGAAAUUGGGGUGGAGGCGGGUGCCCCCCCCCCCUCCCCCCCCAUUGGCGAACUGUGGUUGCAGACCCUCCACGCCCCACAACAACCUUGCACUCCUCCGCAAGUUUAUGCACGAGGGGUUAUGUUCAGGAGGCUGAAUAUCAGUCACUUCUGCAGCAGUUCUCCCAGCCCCUACCCUCACAGUAACCAAAAUUCAGCGGUACAGAAUCUCCCUCCCUCCCUCUGUCCCUCCACUCACUCCUCAUGGACUCACUGAGAUAGCCAGCCCUCAACUAAAUUUAACAGAGCAAUUGACAUGUCGCAGCCAUAUUCAUAUUACUGCACUAAUAGAUAGGUUUGGACAAUACAUUUUAGGGCCACCCCCUCCAACACUCUCAGGACAGGUACAGCACGGGGUUUGAUACAGAGUAAAUCUCCCUCUACACUGUCCCCAUCAAACACUCCCAGGACAGGUACAGCACGGGGUUAGAUACAGAGUAAAACUCCCUCUACA